AUGUUUGAAACUCAAGUUCAUAAAGUCACUCCAUCUCAUUUUGUACUCAAAAAGAGUCAAGGCGAGUUUGCUGAACAAAAUGCGUCUACAGUCAUUACGCAUCCAGACGACCAAGCAGCGAUCGAUAAAGCUGUUUAUUAUCUAAAGCGAGGUGAAGCGAUCGGUAUGCCAACAGAGACAGUUUAUGGAUUAGCAGCGAAUGCUCUUUGUGCUGAUGCUGUUGCCAAAAUCUUUGCAGCCAAAAACAGGCCUCAGGACAAUCCACUCAUUGUGCAUGUAUCUUCGAUUGACAUGCUCAAAAGUAUUUUACCCGACCAACAUUUACCUGAAGUCUACUUACCUGUCAUUCGUCAGCAUUGGCCAGGACCACUGACCAUUGUUUUACCAGCAUCCGAAAAAAUCCCAACGUCUGUUACCUGUGGUCACCCUACUGUCGCCGUUCGAUUUCCUUCGCAUCCUAUCGCCCGAGGUUUGAUUGAAGCAUGUGGAUUUCCACUGGCUGCACCUUCAGCCAACUCAUCAGGCAAGCCAUCGCCAACCCUUGCUAGCCAUGUAUACCACGACCUCCAAGGUCGAAUCCCGCUUAUUCUCGAUGGUGGAUCGUGUGAUGUAGGUGUCGAGAGUACGGUACUUGAUGGGCUGCGCAUACCACCAGCCAUUUUACGACCUGGAGGCGUUACAUUUGAAACGCUUCAACAAAUCGAAGGCAUGGAAAAGCUCCAAGUGUAUCGAAAACAUUUUGUGGAUAAAGAUCUCGAAAUGGCACCCACCACGCCUGGUAUGAAAUAUCGUCAUUACUCACCAGAGGCCAUGGUCAUCCUGAUAGAACCAAAAGACAAGUUGAGCAUUGACAAGUUUGAAGCAGCUUGGAAAGGUCAAUUGGAAGAAAUACAACGAUCAGGUGUAGGUGUAUCAAAGGUAGGCAUCCUUCGUACUGCACCAGAAGAUGAUGAUAUCGAGUGCAUUUCACUUCAGAUGGGGCGUCAAGGACAUCCAGAGGAGGUCGCUCGUGGUAUGUUUAAGGGAUUACGUGAUUUAGAUGAACGUACGGUCGAUGUCAUCUUUGUCGAGGGUAUAUCUGAAAUUAGAGAAGGCAUGGCCGUCAUGAACCGCUUAAGAAAAGCAGCUACCAAAAUUAUAGAUGUUUAA